UAUUUUCAUUUCGCGCCAAAAUCAUUAUUUGCUAAUGGGAGAGUGUUGAGUGUUGUUUGAGGUUUUCAAAGUUUUAAAAACAAAAAGCAAAUAUGACAACGAAAGAAGACAUUGAUUUAGCUUUCCAAGAAAUGAAUCAUAAAUUAGACGAUUACAUACUAAAUAAAUGUCUUGAACUUUGUAAAAUGUAUAAUAUCGAAGCUGAAGACUUCUGCGACCAAUGGUACGCAUUUACCGCCUCCAACUUAAACGGCGACGUCCCUACAAUCGAACAUUUGGAAAAAAUGGAACGAAAAGUUUUUCAUAAAAGCAAAGAACAAAGUUUCUCGAAAGUCAAUUAUGAAGAAAUCGAAGAAAAAAAAAAGCCCAGCGAGUUUGAAAAUGCUGUGUUAACACCACAAUCAAAGGUGAGUAGAAUAAAAAAAAAAAACAAAUCGCCUCCGGUCAGAAACGAACGUUGGCUUGUAUGCGGUGUUGCCAGAUGCUUUUUCUUUUAAAUCUGUAGAUUUUUUUUUAAAUAAGUUUACUAUAAAU